CUAUCCAGAAGAAAAGAAACGAGUGGUUCUGCUGCAUCUCCAACCCUGGGAACGGCAUCUCCACACUCAUUUCCAAAUUAUCAAGCACUAAUGAAAUUAACACAACCAAAAAAAUUUAGAAACAGAAGAAACAUAUCAAUAACUUAAGCCACAUACAUUUUGACACCAAAAAAAAGGAAAGGAACUUGAACCACAUUCUGUCCCUGGUGGACUCAAGAAGAGUCUUUCAUAGGACAGUUAAAAUUAUAGCCUGCAAAAAGGGUUCACUAGCAAACAUUGCAAUGGCCUCAACCUCUUCUGCUCUCACUAUAUCCUCUUCUUCCACCCUUCUUGAUGGCAAGGCUCCAAGACAGUCACCAGCUGCUUCCCCUCAAUGUGUGAGCCUCCCCCCUCCCCCUUUGCACUCUCAGAACCGUUCAUGGAAGACCACUGCUUAUUGUCGCAAGGUUGCUCGAAAAGUUAUGGCAAUGGCCACAGGAGAGGCACCAGCUGAAGCUACCCCAACUGAGGUGCCAGAGAUUGUCAAGACUCUUCAAGAAACUUGGGACAAAGUUGAUGAUAAGUAUGCAGUGAGUUCACUUGCCUUGGUUGGGGUGGUUGCAUUGUGGGGCUCAGUUGGAUUGAUCUCAGCAAUUGAUAGGCUUCCUUUGAUUCCUGGGAUUCUUGAGAUUGUAGGCAUUGGAUACACUGGGUGGUUUGUAUACAAGAACAUAGUUUUCAAACCCGACAGGGAAGCUUUGGUACGGAAAGUAAAAGAAACAUACAAUGAAAUACUCGGGAGCAACUGAAAGUGUUAGGAAAUGCUGAGAUGUUGUUGACACGAAAUAGUCAUAUCUUGCUGCUUCCUAUUGAAGAUGUCAUCAUGCUUCAUUUUGUCGCCAUAAGCUUCUGACCAUACUUUAUCCCAAGUAAUGUAAUAUGUUCUGAAAAAAUUGUAUCUUUUUAUAUAUCUUGAUCCACUUUUAAGACAAUCUCAUUUCCUCAAUUAUAUGUAGUGGUUGACUACAAGGAUAAGAAAAAGCAAUUGAGUUCAUUGAGCUGAAUUCAAUGACUUUGAAAGAAUAUUUCAUGAACAUAUUUGUUAUCUAUCUGCAUGCAGGAUGCUUUCAGAGAACUUUGAUAAAAUAUUUCCAUUUUAUUUGA